UCUUUUGUGCUCCUUGAGCUAUACAAAGGAGUAAGCUAAGUCGUAGUUCCUUCUUGUUUUCCUAAUCAUGACGGCUUCAUUUCGUAGUUCAGAACCGGUUCGGAGUAGGCCGGAAACCCAAGCUGUUUUCGAAGUUGAAAGACGUAAUCCGAUACAAGCUAGUAACACUGGCGCCCGGAGUAACCUGUUCAUGGAGGGUGGCUGCGUUUCAUUGACUUGGGACGAUUUGUGGGUCACGGUUGCCGGAGGAAGAUCGAUCCUUCGGGGAUUAACAGGCUACGCCCGCCCCGGAGAGCUCUUGGCAAUAAUGGGUCCUUCCGGUUGUGGCAAGUCCACGCUUCUCGACACCUUAGCUGGGAGACUUGGUCCAAACACAAGGCAAGCAGGAGAUAUUCUCAUCAAUGGCCGUAAACAAGCCUUGGCUUAUGGAACAUCAGCGUAUGUAACCCAAGACGACGCAUUGAUCACCACACUGACCGUACGCGAAUCUGUUUACUACUCGGCUCAGCUUCAACUGCCUGAUACAAUGACGAGAUCGGAGAAGAAAGAGAGAGCCGAGAUGACAAUAAGAGAAAUGGGAUUGCAAGACGCCAUGGAUAUUCGGAUCGGUGGGUGGGGAGCUAAAGGGCUGAGCGGUGGCCAAAAGAGGAGAGUCAGCAUUUGCAUUGGGAUCCUCACAAAACCAAAGCUUCUGUUCCUCGAUGAACCCACCAGUGGGCUCGACAGUGCCGCUUCUUACUAUGUUAUGAGCAGAAUAGCCAGCUUGAACCAGAAGGAUGAAACUGGAAGAACGAUCGUUGCUUCCAUUCAUCAGCCUAGCUUUGAAGUGUUUCAACUCUUCACCAAUCUAUACCUUUUAUCUGCAGGCAAAACAGUCUACUUCGGUCCUCUUUCUGCAGCAAAUGAAUUUUUUGCUUUGAAUGGAUUCCCAUGCCCCAAUCUCCAGAAUCCAUCAGAUCACUUCCUCAAAACCAUAAAUAAGGAUUUCGACAAGGAUAUCGAGCUAGGAUACGCGAAUGGUAUCCCGACAGAGGAAGUAAUCGAUAUCCUGGUGAAGUCAUACAAGUCUUCUGAUGUGUAUCAAAUGGUUCAGUAUGAGAUUGCUCAGAUUUGUAAACAGGGUGGGGAAGCGUUGGAGAAAAACAAAGGGCAGGCUAAGUUCUUCACCCAGUGCCAUGUCCUGACUAGAAGAUCUUUCACUAACAUGUCUCGUGAUCUCGGCUACUAUUGGAUGCGUCUGUGUAUCUAUGUCGCGUUAUCCGCUGUCCUCGGCACCGUGUUUAGCCACAUCGGGAUGGGCGACGGAUCGAUUCAGGCUAGAGGUUCACUGCUAAUGUUUGUGGCAUCAUUUCUAACCUUCAUGGCCAUUGGUGGAUUCCCUUCUUUUGUCGAGGAAAUGAAGAUAUUCGAACGCGAAAGACUAAACGGGCACUACGGAGUGACUGCCUUUGUCAUUGCAAACACAUUAUCUGCACUGCCAUUCUUGGCAAUGGUGGCACUGAUUCCAGGCGCAAUUACUUACUUCCUCCCGGGACUUCACAAGGGAUAUCAACACUUCUUGUUCUUCGUAACCAUAUUAUUCGCUUGCAUGAUGUUGGUCGAGAGCUUGAUGAUGAUCGUCGCGAGUUUGGUACCGAAUUUCCUGAUGGGAAUCAUAGUCGGUGCCGGAAUUCAAGGCCUAAUGAUAUUGGUCGGCGGAUUCUUCCGAUUACCGACCGAUCUUCCGAAGCCAGUUUUUAAAUAUCCCUUGUACCACAUCGCCUUCCACAAGUAUGCUUUCCAGGGAUUGUUCAAGAACGAGUUUGAAGGCACGACAUUCCCUAAUGCACAAGGUGGAACGAUCAGUGGUGAAGAAAUCUUGAAUCAAACAUGGCACUUAGAAAUGGGAUACUCCAAGUGGGUCGAUCUUGCUAUCUUGUUCGGAAUGGUCGUGCUCUAUCGGCUUUUGUUCUCGGUCAUCGUCAAGACGACCGAGAAGGUGAAACCGAUGGUCGUGAAAUUCCGGUCGGCGGCUCACAAGGAAAGAGUGCAGGCCAUGGUAAAUCCAUCGGCCGCACCUCCUGAUGAAGAGAAGAGACAGUGCCAGUAAUCACUUUCAAGAUAAUUUCGCUAGGGAAAUCGUUACCGAGUUUAUGAAA